AUGCAACUCAUUUCUCUUUUUGCCCUAUUGGGUGCCGCAGCCGUAGCUGUCGGCCAGGUUACCGGACCCAACGUCACAACCGGAGCGCUUGGAGACGCAAAGGAGGUCCGGAAUAACCCCGUCAUCGGAGAGACCUGGGUUUCCACCUUCAACUCGGAUGCGGUCAGGGGUACCGUCAAGGCUGUUGCUCACACUGUAGGCAUCAACUACACCCUCGAUGUGACCGGCUUGGUGGUGGAUAAGGGGCCAUACAAGUACCAUAUCCACGUGCGUGCUACUCCAGAGAGCGGCAACUGCACUGAGACCGGCGGUCAUCUCGACUCCUUCAACGACAAGUACACGGCCUUGAACCCCAUCCAACUCGGCUACAUCGGCGACCGGUCCAUUGUGUUCCACGAUAACACUGGUGCUCGUAUAGCCUGCGCGACGCUGAAAAAGGUGGAAAAGGACGACGACACAUGCCAUUAA